GGACCAAUCAGAGGGAGUCCAGCACGUUGUCACGGCGAAAUCAAAAUUGUUGUAAGAGCGCGUGUGUGCGCGCGAGGGGAGGAAAACUGGCCGGUGGAUGAGAGAGGAGCGAGGCAGCGAAGUGGACAAACCUACUGCAGCGGCUACUGAAUAUUUUCUUCCAACGAAGGUACCAUUAUCGGUCUUUUCAACACCAUUUUAAACCAGAAAACAAGAAGCACCUUUUCGACGGAAUACCGUAUUAUAGCCGACUAAAAAGAAAAUUCCCAGACGGAUGCUGCCCAUGGAAGAUGACUUGACAGUAAAAACUAGCUCGACCUCUUCGGAUGAGACACUGUAGCGAUGUUUAAACCUCUGUGUGCAUAGUUUCCUCUGCCACCGUGGACUCAUCAGUUUGUGUCAGUUUUGCUGUUGAACGAGCAUUUUCUGAGCCGAGAUGACAGAAAUCAGCGAAAAGGAGAAUGAACCACAAAACCGAGACCUUCACCGACCACAUACCGUGCCCAGCCAGCCUGAAUCAAAGUUGCAGCGGUUGAAGCGCUCCCUGUCCUUCAAAUCUGUCAUGCGCAGCAAGAGUGUUGACAACUUUUUCCAGCGCACUAACGGUGAAUCCCGCCCACCCUCCGCCCUCAUCAGCACACCUCCACCCCUGCCAUCUCCUCCCGCCUAUGAGCACUCUCCCUCCCAUUCCCCGUCUAUCAGUCCCAACCCCUCACUGUCAUCACACUCACCUUCUGUCAGUCCCUCACUGUCUUUGGCCUCCAAAACGCAGCUAAAGUCUCAGGCCCAGCAGGUCAAGACCCACUGUUUCCAGGAGCACGUCUUCCGUAGGCCUACCAGCUGCCAGCGAUGCAAACACAUGAUCCAAGGGAACUCCAAGCAGGGGCUGCGUUGUAAAGCCUGUAAGAUGGCGGCCCACCUCUGGUGCUCGUCGGAGCUCUCCCAGCAGCCCUGUAAUGGCAAGACAGGAGCUUUCAAGAGAAACUUCAGCUCUCCUCUGCUAACCAAUGAUUCGCUGGGUGUGGUCAGAGAGGCUCCUGCUGCCCAGGAGGCAGAUAAUGGCAUUGUUGACCCUGUGUAUGAGGCACUGCGCUAUGGGACAUCCCUAGCUCAGAUGAGUCGCUCCAGCUUCAGCAGUAUCUCAGAGUCACCGUGUCAUGAGGCAGAAGAACUGCAACAAAACCAGCCAAUAGCUGAAGAGGAACACAUCCCAGGAAUGCUCACCCCUCCUGAAAGUGAGAAGGCUGAUUCAGAAGACAGGGUCAGCCUGAAGACUCCUAAGAGAGUAGAGGUUCACACCAUCCACACCUAUGUGGCUCUCUACAAGUUUCUGCCUCAGGAGAAGAACGAUUUGGAACUACAGCCUGGUGACAGAGUUCAAGUCACAGAUGACUCCAACGAGGACUGGUGGAAGGGGAAAAGCAGAGACAAGGUGGGAUUGUUCCCGGCCAACUUUGUGCAGCGGGUCCGCCCUGGCGAGCGGGUGUGGAAGGUCACAGAUGGUUUCCACGGCAACCGAGACAAAGGCCAGAUGACCGUGAAAGAGGCCCAGAUCUGCGUGGGGAAGAACGAGGAGAUUGACGGUUUCCUAAGGCUGAGCAGUGGGAAGAAGAGAGGCUUGGUCCCUCUGAAGUAUCUGCUAGAAAUAUGAUAGCAGCGCACUUCUCCUUGACCCUCAGUUUGAUAAAGAAGUUCACUAUGACAGAGGAAUACUCAGGAGUGUUUACCCAACACCUCACUGAUCGCCAACCACCCCCCUCCAAAAAGUGGCAGCGAAUUGCUUUUUACUGCAGAUUUUAAAGGUUAAGACUUAAGGGGGCUUCUUCAGAGUUCUUUAGAGCUACUUUUCUUGUAGCACAACUUUACUUUGUGUGGUUUUAUACACACACAACUGAAAUGUAGCAUCAUGUUGAAGAGGAUAGUGUGCAGGAAAGCUGGCUACCUCACUAGCCAUUUCCAUUGGCCACCUGUCUGCGAAAAAUGGGAGUGGACUGCCUUACUAUGAUGUCAAGGCGUGUCCAAGCCUAAGGGACUUUGUCUUCAUUUCAUUGUUUGUGUAGAGAAAACAAGACAUAAGAGAUUGUGAAAGAGUAUAGAGCUGUUUAUUGUAGUGGGUUGUGCAAACACUUUUUGGUCGCUUGUUUCAAACCCUUAAACAGAUUCGUUUUAGUAGAUUCAACUAAGGGUAUAAACCAUUACGAUCCAGUUUUGUAUGUGCGGACUGCAGCUCACAAUGUGCACGUCUGCUGUUGUAAUAUGGAUUCAUGAUGUGCAUAUGUGUCACUCCUGUUCUGAUUAGAAAAUGAUUCAGGUAUUACAUUGUGCGUAUGUAAAAAAAAAAAAAAAAAAAAAAAAAUUAAAACACGGUCUUCUCUGCUGCAUCUUGGUCAAAUGAAAGUCAUAACACAAACACACACACACAUGCGCGCUGGGGUUUCUGUAUUUCAGACUGCUCUCCAGUGAUUAGAUUACGGUACAUUUGUGCUCUUCACAGCUCUGAUGUGACAAAUGCUUUCCGUGCACCUCGGGGAGCUUCUUUUCUCAGUAUGCCCUUCAAUCACACUAACACACAUAGAUUUUAUAGUUCACUCUGUUCCAUGUAACUCUAAAAUCAACCACUAGAAUCUGCUUCCUGUCAUUAUAUUCUCUGCAUUGUGUAUCUGUAUGUAAUGUCCGUGUAAUAUUCGCUGUCAUAUCUUGUCAUGUAUGACAACAAUGAGGAUGGUGUGCUGUCUUGACUUUCUGAUGUACUUGCUUUUCUUGCAUGGAGGAGCAGAGCAAAGAAAUACUGUAAUUCAGAAUGAUGUAUAAAAAACCAAACUCAGUGUUAUUUGUCAAAAAAAGUGGUGAAGGCUGUCCAACUUUCAGUCUCUCAGAGGGUCAUGUACCAAACUUCAGCUGUCAAACAUUGUAUGACAGCACACGUGAUUACUUUUAAGUAACUCUGAGGGACUGUUCUUGUUGCUCUUAUUUAAGGUGAGGCAAUAUCACUGCACACCAUUUGAUUUAUUGCUCUGUCAUUAUAAACCAUAAGGCAGUGACAAACUGCCUUUGUUGCGGCAAUAACUGUAAAUAAAGAUAUGACAGUAUUUGUAAAUAACCUUACAAAGAUACUGUAUAUAUUGGCUCUGAAUAGCACUCUUACCAAGAGAUUUGCAGCUAUCCAGGAGCCAACUAAGGGCAUUAACUUCACAGUUACAAAUUACAGGAGAUUAUUGUUUAUUGUCCCACUUAACCAGUGUAUGCAUCCCUUUGCUCAAUUAACAUCUAGCCCUGUCAGCACAAAUCUUUUCAAAUACUAUGCACAACAGUUCUAGUCAUUCACUUUAUUUUUUACUUAUUUCCAGCAUAGCCACACACAUGUCAGCGUAUACCUGUGUGUGUUGCAAAGAUUUGAAUUUGGACUCCAGCUUUGGGAGUAUUGCAGCUUUUUACAAAGUGUCCAUCUUGGAUCAGUCUGCACCAUGCUAAUCCUAAACAUUACCUUCACCUGACUAGAACCAAGAUUGGCUCAGGAUCAGUAUUACCCAGGUGAAUUUCCUUUCUCACCUUAAUGCACACUACCAGGCUAGUUCUUUGCAUGGCUAGCUGCCCUUUGAUCCUCACAUCUCUCAAUAAAGUCAGAUGAACUGUCAAA